AUGUCUACCGGAGACCCUGGGUCCCCACUGCCGGCACCGCCACCACCGGUAUCCGCCACCAGCGUCCAGCCCCCCCGCGACCGGAUCCCGAUAAGCUCGAAGAAGACGCAAGUCACGGGCCCCGCCACCGCCGCACCCAACUAUGCUGCCGCUGCGAGUCAGAUGGCGACUCAAACACCUGAACAACAGCAACAACAACAACAGCGUGCCAAGGCUCUGGGCAGCCUCCUACAAGCCAUGGGUGCUGUACCCGGAAACCGCAUGGAUCGCUGGGUCCAGGCCAUCUACUUCGCCGAACUCUACCCCGUCGCCACCGCCACAUCGCUGAAAUUUUCGGCCUUGAACGCGAACCGGUCCGUCGAGAACAUCUUCGAUUACGCCCUUGAAGUGACUCUGUCUCACCAGAGCGCCUCGCGAGCAACUCAUGCCGACAAGAUCGAUCUCGUGGCCUGCGUCACGAGGCUGCUAUCGCCCAUCUCUCCUAUCUGCUUUGAGCCUGGAGUUCCUCUGCCGGACCAUCUUGCGGCUUAUCAACCACAGAUCUUAGGCGUACAACAUUCAUCAAUCCUGCGUAAUGGGGCGGCUCACCAUCACGUUACGGUUGGGUUCGUCACCGGCGAGGCACGUGACGCGGCGCUCACGACGCCCCCCGCUCUCACUUGGCGAUCGGCGAAGGCCCGCUUCGCGAAGUCUCACAGGUUCCACCAUAACAUGGUCGUAUGA